UUCGGAUACAGACGCUUGGCCUGCACUGAAGCUGUAGUAGUUGCGCACCUUUACAGUUCACACAGAACUAUGGGAACCGGAGUGGGAAGUAGUGAUUUUCUACCUUGUUGUGGUUCAAUGGCAAAAGAAGAACUGCCUCUUGUUCUGUGGUGGUUGUAACCUCUGCUAUUUUCGCGUUUAUUUUAUGUUUUACUUUUCAUGAAACCUGGGGAUAUUUGAGCCUGGUCAUAAAAGGAAGCGUGCAGUCAGUGGUUCGGUGGACUGACUUCUCAAGCAGGAAUGGCCACUGCAAGGCUUGAUUACGUUGCUCCGUGGUGGACAUACUGGCUGCACAAUUUCCCUCACUUCAAUUUCUUUUUCCAGUCGGUCGACAACACUUUCAAACCGGAGGAGGCAAGCUAUCAGCAGUCUCUGAUAUUUCUAGCAUGUGUUGGUGCAGUGGGGCUGGGUGCGAGCCUGCUGGUUCUGUCAGUAUGCCUGGUCUGCUUGUGUUGCUGCCGCAGGGACUUAAAUGAAGACACCAAAAUACCUAAUACCUGCUGCCUCACAUGGUCUGCUGUCAUCACAGGCCUCAUUAUAUGUUCUGCUGUAGGAGUUGGUUUCUAUGGAAACAGUGAGACCAACGAUGGGGUGUACCAGCUGACCUACUCGCUCUACAAUGCCAAUCACACAUUGGGUGGCCUCAACAAUCUGGUUGCAGGAUCUCUGGGCAAUGUUCAGACUGGACUCAAGCAGCACCUGGAACGACUGGAUGAAAUCUUUUCCACAAGGCAAGACUACCUCCAAGCUCUGCGCUUCAUGCAGCUGAUGGUUAACAACGUCAUUCGCGAGAUGACUACUCUGCCUGAUAUCACCAAAGCGAAUGUUGAUUUGGCAGCCAUUGCUGAUCAAACAGCUUUAGUUGAAUAUUACAGAUGGCUGAUCUUUUUGCUGUUGCUGAUCCUGGAUCUGGUCAUCUGCUUGGUCAUGUGCUUGGGGAUGGCCAAGCAGUCUCGAUGGCUCCUUAUCACGAUCAUGGCUUUUGUAUUGCUUUCUAUGAUCCUAAGCUGGGCCUCACUGGGAGCGGGCACUGCUACAGCUGUGGGCACCAGUGACUUUUGUGUGUCUCCAGACAAGUUUAUUGUUAACCAAACCAAGGAUUUCCUCAGUGCAGAUGUUGCACACUAUUAUUUGUUCUGCAGUCCGAAUCUACCAAACCCUUUUCAACAGUCUUUGACCAUCUGCCAGCGUUCUCUGACCACCAUGCAAAUCCAGAUCCAGGGCUUGCUGCAGUUCUCGUUGCCCACUUUCCCCACUGCUGAGAGAGACCUUUUAGGGAUCCAGCGACUGCUGAACUCCACAGAGUUCAGUCUCCACCAGCUAACAGCCUUGCUCGACUGCCGCGGGCUACACAAGGACUACCUGGAUGCCCUAAUGGGUGUGUGCUAUGAUGGGGUGGAAGGGCUCCUCUAUCUCUCAUUGUUUUCUCUGCUGGCUGCCUGCGCACUCUCUGGCAUGCUGUGUGCGGUUUUUAGAGUGUGGACACUAAUAGGCAGCAGGGACAAAGAGUAUGAUGAUAUAGAUGAGGAGGACCCAUUCAACCCAGAAGCACGAAGGAUAUCGUACAACCCCAGAAGGUCCAACAUCCACAGUUUCUGUAGCUAUACCAGCAGCCUCGGUAGCCAGGCCAGCCUUCAUCCACCUCCGCAAUCUGCCUCUAAUAUCAUGCCACCUCCUGAAUACAUGAAUCAGUCUAUGCUGUUUGGAGGGAGUCCUCGAUAUGAGAACGUACCGCUGAUAGGGAGAGGAUCCCCACCUCCCUCGACUUAUAAAAACCUACUCUCCCAGUAUGAGGACCACUUAUCUAUCUAUGACUGACGCCCAGAUCAGACACUUUGGAACUGACUUCCAAGUGUAACCUGCCACCUACUGAAUCCAUUUUAGAGAAGCACUGUCUGAGACGCUGGGUUUAUACUAAGGAGGCUGUCUUAUUGGCAUAAUCUCGUUCCAAUCUGAGACAUGAAAGCAGGCCAUAUGAGGUAUUUGCCGCAGUAACACACCAAUGCUGUGCUCAGAAAGCCCUGCAUGCAGUUCUGAACAAAGACGACCUGUACAGGUUCCUCCCCAAGACUUUUGUGGAAGUUGUCAUGAUGUAUGGAAAACACUGCUGCCCCAAUAAAUGCAUUUCAAUAAGCCAAAUCAAGAACUGAUUUGAUGAAAAAAAUGUUUUUGCUUUUUUCUGUAUUCUGGUGGCCUGCAAGGAUUGGAUCAUCAAUACGGUCAUUUGGAUGACUUCAUAUGACCCACAGAACUUCCAUCAUUUAGAUUUUUGCUAAAUCCCUACUCUUUGGCAGUUACUUAAUUUCUUCAUAUUCUGCCUUUGUGCAAUUUUUCAUUGUGCUAAAUGAAAUCUAACACCAUAUUUUAAAGUUGUAUUAAUAAUAAACAAAGUUAAAACCAUACCAAAUAUUGUGCUUUUGUUGCGAAGAGCCAAAGAUCCAACUAAUUGGAUAUGUAGGAUCCAUUUAAAUGUUCUCUUUCUAGGUAACUGCCACAGGGCUAUGCAUCUUAUUGUUCUAUUCAAUGCACUAUGACCUGCUCAUCAGAGGUGAGUCAGAAAAUUGUAGCUAAGGUUUAUCAUUGUUUUGCUACAUUUGUAGACCAUAUAGCAGUAGCAUGUGGGUAAAUUUCCCUGGAUUAAAUAAGCACAAGAGAAUGAGAUUUAAUUCACUUCCAGGAAUUUAUCACUGUGCUUUGACACAGCUGGUAAAACAUGAACUGAAUUUGCAGAAGUUUAAAGUUGUUCCAAGAUCCAUCUACCCUCAUUAUCUUGUAAAUGAGAACUUUUUCUCUCCAGUGUUGGAUAAAUCUGCUGAAUGCUGUUUUCUGUGUCUGUGAUCAUGUGUCAAACUAAACUAAUGUUUGGUCAUAAAUUCUGUAUUUA